GAUUGCGAAGCAGCCUGUUUUGGUUUUGUCGGGCUCCCGUAGAGCGCCUCCUCCCUCCUCCUCCUCCCUCUCUCCCUCCCCUCCCAGCAUGGACCCUCACCCUAACUUCACUCCGGUGUUCCGCUGUUAGCGUCGUUCGGUCUCGGUGGUUCCCGGUGUUCGUCUGGACCCUGCGGCUCCUCCAGACGCCAUGUUCACCACCACCGGCUCCCGGGGCCUGUAUAUGGCUCCUCUGUCUAAAGGCCUCCUGCUGGUUCUCAAUGGGCUGACUGUGAUGCUCACCCUGCUGCCUCAGUACCAGGAAAUGUUUGUGUACAACAUACAGGCUGUCAUGCAGCAGCACCAGGUGUGGAGGUUGUUGUGUGGCCGGCUCGUCUGUGUUGACGUGAAGGACUCAUUUUGUAGCAGCCUGCUCAUUUACAACUUCAGAAUCUUUGAGAGGAGGUUUGGCACCAGGAAGUUUGCUUCCUUCCUGUUUGGCACGUGGUGUUUGUCUGCGCUGAUGGACUUCUUGUUGGUGCAGGCUUUUCAGUUUCUAUUUGACUAUGAAGUGGAAGAACUGUCCGCAGGACUGCUUGCUCCAGUCUUCUCUCUGUUUGUGCCUUUCUACCUGUCGAUCCCAAAGAUGCCAGUCACUCAGGUGCUGGGCCACAUUCACAUCACCAACAAGACUCUGGUCUACAUAGUCGGCUUACAGCUGUUGACAUCCAGCCCAUUCAUGUGGCUUCUUGCUCUCAGCGGACUGAUCUCAGGCGGGCUGUUCUACUCCAAUAUCCUCCGGUUACAAAAGAUCCUCUUCGUACCCGCUUGGAUGUCUCGUAUUGGACGGUAUAUUUUGGAGCCAGUCUUCUCAAGCUCCCAGCCAAUCAGCGAGACUCCUCUGGGGAUGGGGGCCACUCUGGACAUCCAGAGGCAGCAGAGGAUGGACAUGCUGGACCAGCAGCUACUGCUGGCCCAGUACAAUGAGGCCCGGAGGAACACAACACACCAGCCACAGGCUGGGUUGUUACAGUGGACCAGGUUGUUUCCCUCAUUGAGACACAGAGGACAGAACAGACCCCCAAUGCAGCCCCACCCUCAGGCCCAGACACACCCGUCAACCCAGCCGCCACUGUUGGACAACUCGCCUGUCGCAGAGGAUCAGGUUGCACGAUUAGUGGAAAUGGGCUUUUCCAGGACUGAUGCCCUGGAGGCCCUGAGAGCUUCAAACAACGACAUCAACAUGGCAACCAACUUUCUCUUGCAGCACUGAGAGCAAGAACACACUCAAUGAGAAAAACAGGUGAAUGAGGACAGACUGAGAAAACAGGAAGAGAAUCAACCAAAGCAGAGAAGGACAAAACAGAGCAGAGAGAAAAUGUCGGACAGAAUGAAAGUGAACGAAGAAGAAAAGGAGAGAAGAGAAAAUACAUUUGUACAGAUCAUCUGCUGUGUCACUGCCUCCCUCAGGCAGUGUUUGGCUGACCCGACCUGAACUGAGCCUGACAGGCCGAUUAAUGAAGUGUGAAGCACAAAGUGGGAGACAUUUGUGUCAUAGCUUUCUGAUGGUCAUCAGUGUGUGAAACAGGCAUCAUAGCUCAAGGCAGAGAAGUUAGACCUCUUGCUCCGAGGGGGAUCCCUAUGAAACAUAAACAGAAUCUAAAGUGAUGAGAGCUUCUCGUCACAGUCACACCUCAGACACAUCAGUCCUCAGUCCAGUGGAGGAUAUCAGAGGAUGCUGAGGCAAACUGAAGUUCCACACACCGUCCACACGGAUACAAAGUUAUGGCGAUGUGAAAUAGUUUUGUAUAACCCACUGUCAUGUACUGCCGUUAUAUUUUCCAAAAUGGCUACUGUGUAACCAACGUCUGAGUCGCCGAUAACCUGUCAGAGAUGAUACGUACGACAGAAGAUCAAAGACUCACAAGGUUUUUGAGUCAAUGAUCUGAUACGUUUUCGUCAUCAUCAGGUUUUGAAUAUAUUUUCAUCUUUCACUAAGAUGAUGAGAGUGAAAACAGACCCCUGCUAAAACUUUAUGUUCAAUUCCAUUAGGAGGUGCUGAGGUGAUGGUUACAAGUUGAUGAAUUGGGGUUAAAGAAUCCAAAGCAACACAUCUGACCAUGGUUUUGUCAUUCAGUUGUUGUUUCUUUACUUUGGCAGUGUUUCAUAGAGGCAGCAGGUCUCAACCCUUUCCUGCUUUUAGCCGUUUUAACAAAGCAAGUCAGUUUGACUGACAGCGACUGCAGCAGCCCGAUUUUUUUCAGAGCUCACCGCUUUGGCCCAUUUGACCUUUUAUUCUUCAAGUACACUGUUGCUGACAGACGGAGGGUGUUAAGCAGGAUAUGGGUCAGAUGGGCUAUCUCAGGGUCUCCGAAGUGACCUCCCCUGUUAACGACAUCCACAUUUACACACACGGGUGCAGGCGUUCAGGUGCAGGUCAUGUUUCACACCCUGGAUUGUUCCUUUUAUCAUUUCAUGCUUGCUUUCAUCUUUCAUGCAUACACACAAACUCACACACUGCUCAAGGUUUUAUUUAUUCCGUCUUAGCCGAGUCUUUUCUCUGCCAGCACACGUCUGAAACUUGGUCUUAAACAUUUGAUGAUAUUUAUUAAGCAAUAUCAUGACAAGAGACAUACAGUAUAUGGAGACUAUGCACUGCAUAGUUAUUACAUUGUGUGUAUACAUGUGGAAAUGUUUUGUGCAAGAGAAGUAAUACAGCCACUAGGUAUUGAUGUCAAAAAGCAGAUGCUAGUUUUAUAUUUUGUGCAUAAUAAUAUUGAUAAUAUAUGACCACUGAGAUUAGUCUGUCAUUUGUGUGUAUGUAUAUUUGAGAGUGAAAUAAUAGUUUAUGGAUGUGAUGAGGGAGUUGUUGCAUGGACAACUUUCUGAUGAAAUGUAAAGAAUUAUAUUUGAUCUGUGGAAUAAAUCAACUUGAUGAC